AUGGAGGAGACCCUGAAAGAGAACCUGGAAGAAACACGCGAGUUGUGUGACAUUCCUGUUGAUGCGACAGAUUGCAUCGCUGCCGUGGGCAUCGCCUUUGCACCGCUUCUCCUGACAUUGCAAGCAGGAGGUGCUUUCCUGCUUGCCUGCCUCAGUGAGUCGCGCGGCCCAGAAAGUGCGUUUUUUUGGGCGGGUGUGGCAAGCGUGCUGUGGUCAGCUUUGGUCUACCUUGUCCUUCAACACCGGCGCGGCGAAACCUCUGAGGAUGACCAAGGUCCCCAAGGUCCCAGCCUCUUGUCCCGUCUCCAUGGUUAUGCUGCAAAGCUGAGCCGCGAGGCACAGCUUUACCGCGACCCGGUACAGCGGGCAAGCUUCUGCCGGGUUCCGUGGUUAGCAGCAGCGGCCACCUUGGGUUUGGAGAUGUCCAUAGCGGCCGCAAAUGGCUGCCUGCUUUCGUUCCUGAAGGCGAUGGUCUGUGCUGCUGCAGCCGCUUUCACGAGCGGAGUGGUGUUGGGCCUGGCCGUCGAUGGUCGGCUGCCGGGCCCGCCUGCACCAGUAACAUAUCCAGAGACUGCAGCCGCAACCAUCGCACGCUGUCCGGCAAUCUCGUCUUGUGUCAGCUCCGUCAUCGCCUUGGCCCUGCCAGCUGUGCAGCAAGCUUCUCCAUCCGCAGCAGAGCUUCGAGACGCAGGUGCAGGGAAACUCCAGUUGGCAGAGAAGUAUGUAUUCGAGGCGGCAGAACUACGUGACAAACUCCACCGGCGAAGCGGCAAAGUACUGAAUCCUACAGCACAACUGGAGAAGCUUGGUGUCAAAUGUACCGUAAUGUACCACUUGCAUGAGCUAAGAAGACUCUGUUGA